UUUUUUUAUUUCAGGCACUGUGCGACUUUCUGAACUUGAACUUUUGAGUUUCUCUGCCUCUCCUGUCACUCAAUCAACUUUCGUUUGUUAUUUAUAUCACUGCUUAAACCAACAAAUAGGAGAGACAGAGAGAAAACACUGCCCUGUACUGUUAGGCCUAGAUGGGUGUGAAAAAGGAGGAAUGUGAGGCCGACAUGAAUAUUCUGGAGAAAAGGACCCCACAUGUUAAGGAGGAGGACUGUGAAUGGGAGUGUGUCCAACCUAAACAGGCGAGUCUGGGCAUUAAGGAUGAGGAAUGUCAACUGGGGUCAGUGGGCAUUAAAGAAGAGACUGAAGAGACGUCUGUCAGCGUUGAAGUACACAAAUAUAAAAGAACUGAGAGUGUGAAGGAAGACAAACAAGAUGGAGCAGUGACUGAGUUUGUCUCUUCUCAAAGCAAACACUGUCCAUCACCAGAGUCUUCUAUCAAUGUGAAGGCUGAAUCAUUAGAGUCUGACACAAAGAGGACUGAGGAGGUUUCAUCUGUUAGAACUCCAGAAGAUCAGCCAUCAACUUCGGGUAAAUCCAGAACAGGAGACCAACAUCCAUGCUGUUCUGAAUGUGGCAAACAGUUCAAGUCCAGGGGAUAUCUUCAGAUCCACCAAAGAAUUCACACAGGAAUAAAGCCUUAUUGCUGUUCUGCAUGUGGCAAGAAGUUUUUGCAAAAGGGUACUCUUCAUAGACACCAAAGAGUUCACACAGGAGAGAAGCCUUAUUGCUGUUCUGAAUGUGGCAAUCGCUUUUCACAAAAGCGUGGUCUUCUGAGACACCAAACAAUUCACACAGCAGAGAAUCCUUAUUGCUGUUCUGAAUGUGGCGAGAGUUUUUUGAAAAAGACUGAUCUUCAGAUCCACCAAAUCAUUCACACGGGAGGGAAGACUUAUUGCUGUUCUGAAUGUGGCAAGCAGUUUCUAAAAAAGAGUUUACUUCAUAGACACCACAAAAUUCACACAGGAGAGAAACCUUAUUGCUGUUCUGAAUGUGACAAGAAGUUUUUACGAAAGACUACUCUUCAUAGACACCAAAGAGUUCACACAGGAGAGAAGCCUUAUUGCUGUUCUGUAUGUGGCAAUCGCUUUUCAGUAAAGCGCAGUCUUGUGAGACACCAAACAAUUCACACAUUGGAGAAUCCUUACUGCUGUUCUGAAUGUGGCGAGAAGUUUUUGAAAAAGAGCGAUCUUCAGAUCCACCAAAUAAUUCACACGGGAGAGAAGCCUUAUUGCUGUUCUGAAUGUGGCAAGCGGUUUCUAAAAAGAGGUAUACUCCAUAGACACCAAAGAAUUCACACAGGAGAUAAUCCUUAUUGCUGUUCUGAAUGCGGCAAGCAUUUUUCACAAAAAUGGAAUCUUCAGAUCCACCAACGAACUCACACGGGAGAAAAGCCAUAUUGCUGUUCUGAUUGUGGUAAGCAGUUUUCCAGAAAGAUCCAUCUUCAAGUCCACCAAAGAAUUCACACAGGAGAGAAACCUUAUUGCUGUUCUGAAUGUGGCAAGCAGUUUUCGCUUAAGAAGAAUCUUCUGAUCCACCAAAUAAUUCACACGGGAGAGAAACCUUAUUGGUGUUCUGAAUGUGGCAAGCAGUUUUGGCAGAAGAGCAGUCUACAGAGACACCAAAGAUUUCACACAGGAGUGAAGCCUUACUGUUGUUCUGAAUGUGACAAGCGGUUUUCACAGAAGAGCCAUCUUAAGAGACACCAAACGAUUCACACUGGAGAGAAACCUUUUUGCUGUUCUGAAUGUGGCAAUCGCUUUAAAGAAAAGGACAGUCUUCUGAACCACCAAACAAUUCACACAGGGGAGAGACCUUAUUGCUGUUCUCAGUGUGAUAAGCAGUUUUCUCUUCAGAAGAAUCUUCAGAGACACCAAAGAAUUCACACAGGAGAAAAGCCUUAUUGCUGUUCUGAAUGUGGCAAGCGUUUUUUAAAAAGGAGUUCACUUCAUAGACACCAAGGAAUUCACACAGGAGAGAAACCUUAUUGCUGUUCUGAUUGUGGCAAGAAAUUUUUGCAAAAAUCGGCUCUACAGACACACAAAAUAAUUCACACAGGAGAGAAGCCAUAUUGUUGUUCUGAAUGUAGUAAGUGCUUUUCGCUCAAAACCAGUCUUCAGAUUCACCAAAGAAUUCACACUGGAGAGAAGCCUUAUCGUUGCUCUGAAUGUGGCAAAUGCUUUUCACAAAGGAGCAUUCUUUCGACCCACCGAAAAAUGCAUAAUUGAGUGAAGCCAUAUUGCUUUUUUGAAAGUGGCAACUGCUUAUUGCAAAGGAGUAAACUUGAGCGCCACAAAUGAAUUAACAGUGGCAUCACCACAGUGGAACAGACAGGAGCACACAAGUGUAUCGUGAGUAAGAAAAUAAGAGAACCGGACACAGUCCAGUGUUCAUGUGAAGAUAAAGAGGACACCAAGUACUGCUACUUCUAUACAGCUGGUCCUGAGCUCUCAACUGAAAAGUAACCUGGGACAGUUUGUGCAAAACUGCAGGGCAGAAAUGUAAUUUUAAUUUUCAAAUUAGAUAACUGAUGCAAAUUUAGGAUACUUAACUGCAAUAAUUAAAAAUGAAAAGAAAUUAGUGUGGAGAAACUGGAAUGCCUCCAAAAAACAGCAAAAGAAGAAAUAAUACAGGAAAGGAAGCAAACAUAUAUCGGAUGGAUGCAUCAGCAGAGAAUUGCACAAAAAAAAGAUAUUUACACAUUAGAAAAUCUGAAAUUAACAACCACAUGUGAACAAAGACAACCAGAGAAAUAUUUCCCAGAAGUGGAAUGUCCUGAGAAGUAAGCGAUUCUCAAACAGUGCAAUGCUUACAGUAAAGCGAGGAGGAGGAGUUGAGAAAGGAAGGGAUGGAGGUACAGCAGAUUGAAGGUGACAACAAAAGUUUACACUUAAAAGAAAUU